AGUAAAACAUUCAGUUAUUGCAAUAGUCUUCGGGCACAUGAAAGAAUUCACAGUGGAGAGAAACCCUAUGAAUGUAAACUGUGUAGUAAAACAUUCAGGCAUUCCAGUAGUUUUCGGGCACAUGAAAGAAUUCACAGUGGAGAGAAACCCUAUGAAUGUAAACUGUGUAGUAAAAAAUUCAGGCAUUCCGGUAGUUUUCGGGCACAUGAAAGAAUUCACAGUGGAGAGAAACCCUAUGAAUGUAAACAGUGUAGUAAAAUAUUCAGUGAUUCCAGUAGUCGUUGGAGACAUGAAAGAAUUCACAUUGGAGAGAAACCCUAUGAAUGUAAACAAUGUAGUAAAAGAUACAGUUCUUCCAGUAAUCUUUGGGCACAUGAAAGAAUUCACAGUGGAGAGAAACCCUAUGAAUGUAAACAAUGUAGUAAAACAUUCAGUUUUUCCAGUAAUCUUCGGGCACAUGAAAGAAUUCAUAGUGGAGAGAAACCCUAUGAAUGUAACCAAUGUAGUAAAAAAUUCAGGAAAUCCAGUAGUCUUCAGGCACAUGAAAGAAUUCACAGUGGAGAGAAACCCUAUGAUUGCAAACUGUGUAGUAAAACAUUCAGUUAUGCCAGUAGUCUUUGGACACAUGAAAGAACUCACAGUGGAGAGAAACCCUAUGAAUGCAAACUGUGUAGUAAAACAUUCCGUGAUUGCAGUAGUCUUCAGAGACAUGAAAGAAUUCACAGUGGAGAGAAACCCUAUGAAUGUAAACUGUGUAGUAAAACAUUCAGUUGUUCCAGUUAUCUUCGGGAACAUGAAAGAAUUCACAGUGGAGAGAAACCCUAUGAAUGUAAACUGUGUAGUAAAACAUUCAGUUGUUCCAGUUAUCUUCGGAAACAUGAAAGAAUUCACAGUGGAGAGAAACCCUAUAAAUGUAAACAGUGUAGUAAAAUAUUCAGUGAUUCCAGUAGUCGUCGGAAACACGAAAGAAUUCAUAGUGGAGAGAAACCCUAUGAAUGUAAAAAAUGUAGUAAAACAUUCAGGCAAUCCAGUAGUCUUCGGGUACAUGAAAGAAUUCACAGUGGAGAGAAACCCUAUGAUUGCAAACUGUGUAGUAAAACAUUCCGUGAUUGCAGUAGUCUUCAGAGACAUGAAAGAAUUCACAGUGGAGAGAAACCCUAUGAAUGUAAACAAUGUAGUAAAACAUUCAGUUGUUCCAGUCAUCUUCGGGAACAUGAAAGAAUUCACAGUGGAGAGAAACCCUAUGAAUGUAAACAAUGUAGGAAAACACGCUUAUUCCAGUAA